AAUAUUAAUCAUAAUUCACUAUUAUUCAAUUGGCAAAACCCAGGAAUGAAGAGUAUCUUUAUACUAAUUUAUAUAUUCCCAUUUGUUCAAAAUCAACUAAUAUGGCAGCUUGUUCACAAAGGUGAUGGUAAUUCCCCCAGUCCCAGAAGAGAUUGUGGUAUCGGUUUCAUUCAAUCGCUGAAAAAAAUUGUGUUGUUCGGUGGACGAGGAGGGGAUGGAAUAUUGGGUGAUACGUGGAUUUAUCAUACAACAAGUAAAACUUGGAGGGAAAUAAAAACAUCAGGCCCUUCAAGACGUUUUAGUUUUGUUUCAGGCGUUUUUGGACAAUUGUACUGCUUAACAACAGGAGAAGGCACUUCAAAGGUUGUUUUUAACGACGUUUGGUGUUUUGACUUGUCAACGGAAAUAUGGACAAAGCAAACACCAAUAAACGAACCUCCUUCAGGGCGCUAUGGAUCUGUCGGUGGCAUAAGCAAUAAUCAACUCUAUUUAAGUCAUGGGUUUGAUAAAGGCCGUCGAUUUGCCGAUACCUUAUAUUUUGAUUUAAUUUCGAAUCAAUGGGUUAAGUUACACAAAGAUGGGCAUUCUUAUUCUCCAAACUAUCCUCAUGCAAGAUGUCUCUCAGGAGGAUGUAUCUUAGAAUCUCAACUCUUUAUUUAUGGCGGUUGCUUAAAAGGAGGGGGAGCUGGUGGUCCGUGUCCUGCAGGAGAUUCAUGGACUUUUAACAUUAAUGACAGAGAAUGGACAAAACUCCCAGGUUGUGCUUCGCCACGAACUUACCCUGCUAUGGCUCCGUUGUCAUCUGAAACUGUUAUUCUAUUUGGAGGAGAUGAGAGUAGCAAUCAAGUUUUAAUUGGUAGUGACUCUCCAACCGAUCAGGUUGCUGUAUAUGAUGUUGGUCGCAAAGAAUGGAAUCUGAGGAAAGUUGUUGGUAGUAUACCUGACAGACGAAUUGGUCCAGCUUUAACUCAUUCAGGAAACGGUGUUUAUAUGUUUGGAGGAUCUAGUUCAAAUAAUAAUUUGUAUUUCUUGUCUGGAAAUUACAUAAGUUCACCGAUCUCAGAAUCUUGUAACCAGCCGUUCUUCAAUCUAAUCGCUCUUCAUGGCAUAUUUAUGUUUAUAGGAUGGGGAGUGUGCCUACAAGCAGGGGCUUUCAUAGCUCGAUAUUUCAGACACAAAGAUCCAUUGUGGUUUAAAAUACAUCGAAUUUUGCAAAUAGUGGGUCUUUUGACGGCAACUGCAGGGUUUAUUUGUGGAAUAUUAUCGGCUGGUUUACAUGCUUUUCCACAUGGAAUAAUCGGUUUUCUUGUCCAUUUAAUAGGACUUCAGCAAUUUACAGCCUUUUGCAGACCUCAUAAGUCUGUUGAUUCAAAAACCCCUAAAAAACGUGUGAUUUGGGAAAAUUUUCACAGAUGGUUGGGGAGAGUAUGUUUAUUAUUUGCUUUAAUUAAUUGCGCUUUGGGAUUAUUUUUGGCUCUGGCAGCGAAAGGCCUCUAUAUUGCAUUUCUCUUUUAUUUUGCAACUGUGAUUACUGCGUAUGUGAUAGCUGAAGUUAGGCUGAGAUGGACAAAUAAAUCUCAAGUAACCAAUAGCAACAAAGAACAAUAA